AUGGCAUCAAGGGAGAAUGAGGUGCAGGUGCUGAAGAAGAGGGCAGAUGGUCAGGGCCAAGUGGGAGUGGGGCAGCUCUGGCCCCUCCAAGGAUUUGUCUCUACAGUCUUCCAGCACUUGCAAGUUGUACUCUAGCAGAUUGUGCCCCUAAGUUUUUUCUGGAAGGAUGACAUCACCCAGGGUGUGAUGACCCAGAGGAUGGGGCACAUCAGCAGAUUCUACCCCCAAGAUCCAUGUCUGAGGCAUGGAUAGGCAACCUUUCCCACCAAAACCACUGGGAUAAGCCCAAUGGCCAAAGUGAACAGGGAUCAAUGUUUUACCUCCAAAGUGGAUCUGAAGACCCUGAAACGAGAGGUGACCAACCCUGUCAAGGUUGGGAGGGCAGAUGUGGAAGCCUCUAAAGAAGAAAUUAUCUAUAGGUUGUACAUAAGACUUCUUUGAGCCACCCCCCACUGUGGGCCACAACCUUGUUGCUGA